AUGAGGAGAGAUAAUCAGAGCAGUGUGCCUGAGUUCAUCCUCCUGGGGCUCCCCAUCCUGCUGGAGCAAGACAUGUGCUAUGCCCUGUUUUUAGCCUUGUACCUGACCACACUGCUUGGGAACCUGCUCAUCAUCCUGCUCAUCAGGCUGGACUCUCACCUCCACACCCCCAUGUUAUUCUUCCUCAGCCAUUUGGCCCUUUAUGACAUCUCUUUAUCAUCUGUUACUGUACCCAAGAUGCCCAUGAAUAUUCUGACAUGGAGCCAAUCCAUCUCAUAUGCUGAGUGUAUUUCUCAGGAUUUUUUUUUAUUGUUUGGUGGUCUUGAAAGUUUCCUUCUGACCUCAAUGGACUAUGACAGGUAUGUGGCCAUCUGUCACCCCCUGCACUAUGCCACCAUCAUGAGCCAGUGCCUUUGUUUCCUGCUAGUCAUUGUGUCCUGGGUCUUAGCCUUUGCUUCCAGUCUAGUUCACACGUUAAAAAUAAAGAAGAACAUGAGGAAGGGGAACCAGAGCAGUGUGUCUGAGUUCAUCCUCAUGGGGCUUCCCAUCCAGCCAGAGCAGCAGGGCAUCUUCUUCACCCUGUUCCUGAUCAUGUACCUGACCACGGUGCUGGGGAACCUGCUCAUCAUCCUGCUCAUCAGGGUGGACUCUCGCCUCCACACCCCCAUGUACUUCUUCCUCAGGCACUUGGCCUUCACAGACAUCUCUUUCUCAUCAGUCACAGCUCCAAAGAUGCUCAUGAACAUGCUGACACAGAGCCACUCCAUCUCAUACACUGGGUGUGUUUCCCAGGUAUAUUUUUUCUUAUUCUUUGGGGGUAUUGACAGCUUCCUUCUGACCUCAAUGGCCUAUGACAGGUAUGUGGCCAUCUGCCACCCCCUGCACUAUACCACCAUCUUGAGCCAGAACCUCUGUGUCCUGCUAGUGAUUGUGUCCUGGGUCUUGUCUACUGCCAGUGCUCUUGUGCACACCCUUCUCCUAGCUCAUCUUUCUCACUUUAGAGACAACACUAUCCCCCACUUCUUCUGUGAUCUCUCUGCAUUACUUAAGCUUUCUAGCUCAGAUACCACCAUCAAUGAGCUUGUGAUCUUUCCUGUAGGAACAGUGGUCAUUACUGUGCCAUUCAUCUGUAUUCUGGUCUCAUAUGGCCGCAUUGGGGCCACCAUCCUGAAAACUCCCUCCAUUAAAGGAAUCUGCAAAGCAUUGUCCACAUGUGGCUCUCACCUCUCUGUGGUUUCUCUGUACUAUGGAGCCAUCAUGGGGCUAUACUUUGUCCCCUCCUCCAAUGACACUAAUGACAAAGAUGUUAUUGUCACUGUGAUGUACACUCUGUUCAUACCCAUGUUGAAUCCCUUUAUCUACAGUCUGAGGAAUCGAGAUAUGAAAGGGGCUCUGAGAAAUAUCCUCAGUAGAAGUUUCUCAGUCUUAUGA